AUCGUGUCUCAUCCAUAGGUUUUUUUGGCUGCCGACAUCGUCCUCUCACUGAACUGGGAGCGCUGUUAAAUAUUGAAGAGUGUUUAAGAUGCCUUUCAUCGAGCUACAUACGAACCUGCCGGUCAGCUCCUUCUCUGAAGACUUCAUGAUGAAGCUGUGUAGCAGCACUGCAGCUGCUCUGGGAAAACCUGAGGACAGGAUGAAUGUGGUGGUGAAACCUGGGCUGCCAAUGCUGAUGGCAGGUUCUUGCUCUCCGUGCCUGAUGCUUUCAGUGUCUGCCAUCGGUGUGACGGACUCCGCUGAGAAAAACAAGGAGCACAGUUCCAAGAUCUUUGAGUUCCUGACCAGAGAACUUGGUCUGACUGAAGACAGGAUUGUAAUUCAGUUCCACGCGCUGCAGCCUCACCAGGUCGGGAAGAAGGGAACUGUGAUGAGCUUCUUGUGAAGGAUGUUGUUGUUUCUGACCCUGGUCACGAUCUCAGUCCUAGCAACAGACGAAGUAGACAGACAAAAUCUGUUUCAAUCUCACAGUAAAGUAACGAUUGUAACUUUCAAGGCACUUACUGUAUUUUCCUUUUUAUAUCAAGGUCUACUAUCAAACAGGAUACUGAGAAGUUCUCUUUUGAAUUAUUUAAAGAUUAACAUUGACUUACAAAUGACUUGUAUAACAAAGUGUUAAAGAAGACAGCACUAGAAAUUCUGGGAAUAAAUGUCACUAUUUUCAACAAAAUCAUUUUGAGAAAACAGAACUACAUAGUUUUUUCUUUUUUUAAUGCUCAGAAUAUUGACUUUAAUGUUUGUGAUAAUACAUAAAGUAAUUUAGCUUGAUCAAAUGUUCAGAGGUUUAAAUACAGAAAAUAUAGUUUCAUUAAAAACAUGGAGAUUAACUGGA